AUGGAUUCUGAUACGGCAAACACUCUUCAACCAGACUCCGUACCAGCUCUACCAGGGGUUGCUUCAGAGAACGCACCUACACCACCUCCAACUCAACAGGUUCUUCAGCAAAAAUUCCCUGGUCAGCCCUUGAGGCCAGCUACUUUUGAAGAGUUUCCAAUGUCAAUGAAGAGUACCAGCCCGCCUCGGUCCCUCAACCCCGAUCAACCAGUCCUUGACAGCGAAAUCCAGCAGAUUACAGCAGAAGAGUUUGAUCGGAACAUCCACACCGCUGAAACAGCCAUGCUCGACUUAAUGAACCUCAGACUCCCCAGAAGCCUUAAGCGCAAGAUGAAAGAAUGUGCCCAUCAAAUUGAGUAUUCCAAAUCCACCUUUGAGCAGACAGGAGCAAUCCCAGAAGAUGAGGGAAUCAGGAUCAACCAAGGACAUCCAUCCCGUCAAUCCUCCCCAAACACCACUCUGGCGUCCACAUCCACCAAAAGACCAAGAAAGCAAGCCAAAAAGUCCCAUACCGUCAACCCAGCCUCUCUCCUCAGCAAUACAGACGAUCCUGCGGCACCUACUGGGCCUAAAUCCCCAGCAACCGUCACUGGGAAUACUGACUUGCCAUCCCCUGUUGGAAACACAACACUCCACCCCCCUUUACCUGCGGCUCCCACUCUCCCCCCUCAGACUUCCUCUUCCACUCCUGCUGCGACGAGUGGCAACACCACCUUCGACAAAGACUCACAAACCAUAUCUCCUGAUGAAGUGUUCAAGCCCACGGGUCCCACUGAGUUGUUACCAGGGACUCAACAAGGUGCCGAUCUCAGCUCAACUGAUGGAAACGCGGUCCCUUCAGAUGUCCCUCCUGCGCCCCAAGACACACAACCCCCCAAAGACUCCACCGGGCAAACCAAAACCCCCACUCCUGCACCUGCUGAUCCUCUUGCGCCGGGGUCUGCACCUACCCUCCCAACAAACCCCUCAACCAGUGGUCCCCAAGGAGAGGCUUCCUUCCCGAGUAACCUCACUGUCCUCAAAUCUGCCGACGCACGGAUUGCGGUGAUCAAGAUUUCUCAGGAAGUUGAAGGCGUGAAACCCAACUGGCAGAGGUAUACAUCCACGUGGGACGCACUCACACAGCUUGCAAAUUUUCGAGCCGAAUCUCUUCAGAGCGCAUCCCCAAACAACCCCGACUUCCACUUUGCAAGAACUACUUGCUCGUAUACGUCUUGGCUCAAAACCAUCAGCUCUCUUGCCAACGAUUUCUUAUCUCCAUCCCUGAAUGACCAAUGGAACUGCCCGGAUGUCGUCGAUUUUGGACUGAUCUCUGUAUUUGCCGAAAGGGAGAAAAACCACUCCACCGAGCCCUUUAUAUCUCCCACUGUGAAAACUAAACAUCCCGAGUCGACGAUCACCCGAUUCCUCCACCGUCUCCAAAGUCCUACCCCCACUGUCAUCUCUGAGUGGGCCAAAAUUAUUGCAGCCUCUGUUGAGGUUAUGGCAUUCAAACUCUACAACCCACCGCCUCCCACUCCUGAUUCCAACAACAGCCCCCUUGAACAAGCCACAACUCCUGCCACUGCCCCUUCCACCAAUUCCUCCUCUGCACCUGAAGGCGAGGUUGUCCUACGCUCUCACGCAACAGAUGUUCUCAAAGAAUUUGCUAAGCUCAUUAUUGAGGUUUACAUGGGCUACGUCAUUUUUCAAAUCCACGCUCUCAACGGCCGUCCAUUGAAGAACAGCCAGAUUAAGCAACAAUCUUGCGCCAAGAAAGCCUCAGUCAAAACUUCUGCACCCAACUCUGCUGUAGCCCAAACGACUCCUGGAGACACGGUCACCCAAACCAAAGCCCACACUCAGCAACUCAAGUCAUACCAGUCGAGGCAUAACUUCCAGCCCCUUGUCUACUUCCUAGUUGCCGGCGUCCGUGGUCUUUUUAUUUCUUCCAGGAAUCACCGUACCUCGCCGGUAUCAGAAUGUAUGUCAUUCAUUCAGGCAAUGGCUGUGAUCACUCAGCACUCAAAAGUCAUUCGAACACCGGAUGAACCAAUCUGGAAAAAUCUGUCAGCGUAUCUCUUUCAAAUCUUCCAGCCAGCGUUCCAGUCACCUGGGCAGAUUGCAUCGAUUAAAAAAAAACCGGAUCCACAGGAGUUGGCCCAGGCCAUCACGAUUGAUUUCCUCACCCAUUGGAAGGCUAAACAACCUACCUCUCCUUUUAUGAUCCCUCAGGCUCCCCACCAAAUCACUGAGAAAUAA